AUUUAAAAAAUGUGUGGUGUACUCACUACUCAGUACCUAGUCAGUACUGGCGUAUUGCCGUAGUCUACCUUGUCCUAGCUGGUGGCUUUAAUAUAGGUCUAUUAUUUCUCAUGCUAUGGGUCUGUCAUGCUAUAAUAUUAUGAUGUUUAAAUGUUAUAGUGAUAGAUUGGUUGAUUGGGUGAAAAAUGCUUUAUUUAGAUUACCUGUUUUAUAAUUUGUCAUGAUUUUUUCUUUGUUGUACUUUUUCGAACACACCCAAUGGCUUUAGAAUUAUCAAAUGGCUCUAUCGAGAAACUAUGCAAUGGCAUGCCCGUACAACGGCCAAUCGUCCAAUUAUUGGUAAGGUUCCUACUUGAAAAAUCUAAAUUAUUGAGGGUUUUGAGGCUGUGCAGGUAAAACCCGAUGAAACAAAUUAUCGUCUAGUGUUGUCGGAUGGCAUCCAUAUGAACUCUUAUUUUUUCCUGUGCAGUCAAUUAAACGAUUUGAUUAUCAAAAAACAAGUGAAGUAUGCAACCAUUUUGAGGAUUGAUGAGUACAAAUUUAUGGAUGGAGAAAAUUCCAAUGAUCAUAGUCCAAGGUGGAUUAUACUUAUUCAGAAAGUAACUAUAUUGAUUCACAGGAAUGUUUAUGGAAAUCCACAGCCUUUAAUAAAUAUUGAAAAAAAAAAAAUGCCACUGAUAAAUUUAAAUGUGAAUAAAACUCCUAGUAGGAUAUUUUAUUGUAUUGAACAUUUGGAAAAUAAUCUUAUGAGUGUUAAAGAUUUGAUCACACUAUCUAAUGGGAGCUGUCCUUUUGUUUUAAAAUUGACUGUUGUAAAAAAAUAUGCAAUCAAUACAUACAGUAGUUGUAGAGUUUUAAAUGUCAAUAUGAUGGAUUCUACUGGUGUAGUACGUGUCAGUGCAUUCAAUACGCUUUCAGAUAGCCUAAAUGAAAUAUUUGAGGAAAACAAAACAUAUUACCUAGCAGACACAAUAUUGAAACACAACCAAUUUGGCGUUGAACUAAAACUUCAAUCUCAUUCGGUUAUAAUUGAAAGUAUUGAUAAAAUCCAGCCCAAAAUACAAUACAUCAAAACAUCUAAUUUUAAUAAAUUAUUAGAAAAUAAUCCUAAUACAUUUUGUGAUUUAAUUGGUGUGUGCAUAGAAAUUGGUGAUAUAGAAGCGUGCAGUAAUUCAACGUCUCGAACGGAAAUUGGGAAACGAGAAAUUGUACUAAUCGAUAUGUCUAUGGCAACUAUAACUUUAAAAGUAUGGGGUGAUCAAGUUAAUAAAUUUGACGAGAAGUUUGAUAACCCGCCAAUAGUAAUGGUUAAGCAAGCUGUACUCAAACAAUUCAAUGGGGCUAAGUAUUUUUCCAUGGUCAAAUUCAGUGUUCUGUUCAUAAAUCCAAAUUUAGCAGAAGUACAUCAGUUGAAAGAAUGGUAUAAACAAUUGAUUGCAAUGGACGACUUUUAACAGUAUCAUAAUAAUCAACUUACUAUAUUUAAGUAUCCUCAAAUCUUGUUUUUAUUAAUAUAUUAUGUACAUAGUUCUGCUUUUUUUUUACUUAAAUUAUUUAAUUGUUAAACUAUU